UUUACCACUUUCUUCCCGGAUCUUUCCUGCAACUUUAUGAUAAUACAUUAUUUAUUUACUCCGUAUAUAAAUGUCAAAUAGCUUAGUUGAUAAUACCGAAUAUUAUUUACAUUAUUAUUUGAAUUUCCAAGUAUAUACUGAAAAAUAGAUGAGAUUAUACUCCAAUUCGUAUGGAUUAAUUUAUAAACACUAAAUAGCCUUAUUAUUAAAAGAAAGCCUUUUCAGUUCCUUUAUCUUGUUUUGAGAAAAAACAAACAGACCCACCUCACAAAUUUUCAAUUUUCAGGGGAAAAGAGAAAUAAAAACGUAAUAAAGGUACAACCUUGAUUAUUCCAUGAUUAAAAAUGGAAGAUUUUUGACACCCUAUUAAUAAAAAAAAAUCAUUUUUUUUGGCCCCCAAUAUUUUCCUUUGUUUAUUCCUCAAGAACAUGAGCUAGGAACUUACCUUGAAAGAUCUUCCUUUUUGCCCUUAUGUUGAUCAUCUUAAGCUAGGAACCCAAUAAAUCAAUCUCCUCUCUUUGUUACUUUUUGUUGACUCCAACGAAAAUUUUGAGUGCAAUAUUGAUUGAUUGAUUGGAUGAGAAACUUUGGUUUGGAUUGUGAAAGAGUUGAAUUGGUUGGGUGGAAUUGAGGUUGUUUCAUGGGCAAUACAUGCCGGGGAUCUUUUGGGGCAAGAUUUCAUCAAGGUGGAACCCAACCUGAGGAUCAUUCUACCGUAACUUCGAAUUCGAAUUCGAAUUCAAAUUCAAAUUCAAAUUCAAAUACCAAUAGCUCUCAUACUACCAAGAGAAACGAUUCCGAUUACUCUGAUUAUUCUCCCAAUAGUUUGAGAAACCAGCAACUUGUUAAUCAGGAAUUUGCUCAAGAUAACCCUAAGAAAGAUCAUAAUCCUGUGGUGGUUGUCCCCAUGGCAAAAGAUAAUAAUACUGUGAGGAAGCAAAGUGAUAAUCAAGCUUACUAUGUUUUGGGUCAUAAGACUGCCAACAUUCGUGAUCUUUACACGCUUGGCCGUAAAUUGGGGCAAGGCCAAUUUGGGACCACUUAUCUUAGUACCGAGAUUUCCACGGGGAUCGAAUAUGCUUGUAAAUCGAUAUCGAAAAGGAAGUUAAUAUCUAAGGAGGAUGUGGAAGAUGUGAGGAGAGAGAUUCAGAUAAUGCAUCAUCUGGCUGGUCACAAGAAUAUUGUGACUAUAAAAGGUGCUUAUGAGGAUCCUUUAUAUGUGCACAUUGUGAUGGAACUUUGUUCUGGGGGUGAGUUGUUUGACCGCAUCAUUCAAAGGGGGCAUUACAGUGAGAGAAAAGCUGCUGAAUUGACUAAGAUCAUUGUUGGGGUUGUUGAAGCAUGUCACUCAUUAGGGGUGAUGCACAGAGAUCUCAAGCCUGAGAAUUUCUUGUUGGUUAACAAGGAUGAUGAUUUCUCUCUCAAAGCUAUUGACUUUGGGCUUUCUGUCUUCUUUAAACCAGGUCAGGUCUUUACAGAUGUGGUUGGAAGCCCUUACUAUGUUGCACCUGAGGUUCUUUUGAAAAAUUAUGGUUUUGAGGCAGAUGUGUGGACUGCUGGAGUUAUUCUGUACAUAUUACUCAGUGGUGUACCACCAUUUUGGGCUGAAACACAGCAGGGAAUCUUUGAUGCAGUUUUGAAGGGUCAUAUUGAUUUUGACUCAGAUCCUUGGCCCCUAAUAUCAGAUAGUGCAAAGGAUCUGAUCAGAAAGAUGCUGUGUUCGAAUCCUCAAGAACGUUUAACUGCUCACCAAGUCUUAUGUCAUCCUUGGAUUUGUGAAAGUGGGGUCGCACCAGAUAGAGCAUUGGAUCCAGCUGUAAUUUCUCGGCUCAAACACUUCUCUGCAAUGAACAAGCUGAAGAAAAUGGCUUUGAGGGUGAUAGCUGAAAGUUUGUCAGAGGAAGAAAUUGCUGGAUUGAAAGAAAUGUUUAUGUCAAUGGAUACUGAUAAUAGUGGUGCCAUCACAUUCGAGGAGCUCAAAGCUGGCUUGAAAAGAUAUGGUUCCAACCUUAAAGAUAUAGAGAUACGUGAUCUUAUGGAAGCGGCUGAUAUUGACAACAGUGGUACAAUAGAUUACGGGGAAUUUAUAGCUGCAACAAUUCAUCUGAACAAGCUUGAGCGUGAGGAACAUCUAGUUGCAGCCUUUCAGUACUUUGACAAGGAUGGAAGUGGAUCUAUCACCAUUGAUGAGAUCCAGCAGGCCUGUCAAGAACAGGGCCUUAGUGAUCUUUAUCUUGAAGAUGUUAUCAAGGAAGUUGAUCAAAAUAACGAUGGCACAAUUGAUUAUGGUGAGUUUGUUGCAAUGAUGAGAAAAGGUGAUGGCGGGAUUGGAAGAAGGACUAUGCGUAUGAGCAUGAGAGAAUAAGAGAUGCUUCUGGAUCUCACUAGCCUCUCACUCUAGUUUUUUCAAGGUUUGUACAGCAAUGGAUGAUAAAGCCAAGAGAUGUAGGUUCUUCCUCGACUCACAACUUGAUUUUACGGGUGUUUAUUGUAAAGGUUGCGUGGUUAAGCACCAUAGUGAAAAAAGUUACAAGUUCCCUGCUGACUGGUCUGAAAUGGUUUCGUAUUUAAGAUGAUAGUAUUUAUGUUUGGAAGAACAAGGUCGGGUCAAUCAACUCGGCAAGCUGGGAAGUCUAUGCUCAUUCUGUACCUUUUUAAAUUAUUGGGUUCUACUUGAGAACAAAGAUAAUUUAUUCAAGCGGCAGCUGCUGGCGAUGUCAUUUUAGAAAGUGCUGUUGUAUGUUGUUAAUCCUCUGUAUCGUGAAUGGAAAAUAGAAUCGUUGUUUGAGUUUUGCUCUGUAAUUUUGUUUUGUUCUGUUUUGAUCUGUAUCAAUGUUAAUUAACGCGUUGCUUUACACCUGAUAA